AUGGUUCAACAUUUCAUUCCAAUUGAUAAAGUCACUCCACCCUCAAGGGAUCAUGUAGAAGUGUUAGAUAAAAUAGACGAUUUUGCAUGGUACGUUCCAAAAAGAUCUAAAAAUCAUAGGUUGCCAAGUUUUUUAUCAAGAGGUAAAUCAACAGCAGUAGAGACACAGACUAUCUAUUUUGUAGACCCUAAUUCUGAGUAUUCAGGGUUUGUUCAAUUGCUAUAUUCAAAUGUCUUGGGUGGAUUCUAUAAAGGUUUUCAAAUAAAUUUUAAAAUUUUUUCACCAAAUAAGGAUUUGGAAGAUAAGUUUAAUGUUUGGGAAAGUAUUAAAUUAGACGGAAAUAUGAAAUUUCAAGAUUCUGAUCUGACUGUUAAAGGUGAUAAUGUUACGUUUCAAUUUAGAGAUCCAAUAAAAGUUUCCAAAAAAAUUAUUGAUGGGACCAGUAAAGAUGGAGAUGAAGAAAAAUCUAAGAAAAAAUUUGAAACCGUCACUAAUUUGAAGAUUAAAGUUAAGGUUCCAUCAAUUGGAUUAUCUAUAGAUUUAAGAUGUAAUUUGGGGAAAGGUUUCAAGAUUUUACCUGAUGGAUGCAGUAUUUAUCUCGACAAAUCAAUAUCUAAAGAUGAAUUUAAAAGGAUCAAAUCUAGCAAACCAGAGGAUAUAUCACAAUUAAUUUUAAAAAAUAAAUAUUUAAGGCAUCAAUUUGCACCAUUAGGACAAAUAUUCGGUAUAAUUAAAUAUAAUAAUAAGAAAAAUGGUGAGCAACAAGUGUUAAAAUUAACACAUUCUCCAAUGGUAUACUUGGAUGCGGUUCAAGGUAUGUUGCCAAAUAAAAUCGCUAAAAGAUGGAAUUUCUUGUAUUUUCAAUCCAAAAGUUAUACUAUUUUGGCCAUUGAAUAUUUAACUGUACAGCAAUUUGAUAACGUCAAGGUGACAAUUUGGACAAUCUGUGAAAAUAAUGAAAUUAAAUAUAUUGGGUCGGAUAUUAAUAAUGAUGAAAUGAUUAAAUUUAAUUCAGUUGAAAAGGAUUCACAUAACAAUUGGGAAUAUCCAACUGAAAUGACAUUCAACUUCUUGAAUGGUGAUGAAAAGGUUCCAUCAUUUACUGUUAAAAAUAUGAAUUUGGUUAAUAGAUAUGAUAUUCUUGGUGAAUUGCCAAGUAUAAUUAAUACAUUAGCUAAAAAAAUUGCUAAUAUUAAACCAUAUCUGUAUCAGUUUUGUCAACCUUCCAAAUAUAAGGAUGAAGAAGGUGUCUCAAUUAUUGAAUCCACAUUUAUUAGUCAAUAA